UCGGGGCUGUCGUUCCGCUGCUACUGCUAUUCUCGGUGUGAAAAGCUCACGUGUGCACGAAGCUAUGAGUACGAAUCUCGCAGGGCAAACAUCGACAUGGAGCUUAAAGCCGGUGCUCGCUCCUAAUUGGUCGAUCAACAAAAUGAAGCAGCGGCGCUCGGUGCACCGCGAGCUCUACGUGAGCGAAUUGGCAGCGGCGGCGACGGGACGAAUGAAACGUGUCCCAGAUCCCGGCGUCUUGCAGUCACCGAGACCCCAAGCCAUUGGCAUGGACAAGAUGUACACGAGCACGAGCGCAGGUAAAUUUAUCGUCGAGGCGCUCAACUCUGCCAGUUUACACGGGCUCAAUCAAAUUGUCGCGCCAAGGCGACAUACGUGUGAGAGAUUUCUGGUCAUUUUCAUCAUUAUCGGAGCUCUAGGUGCUCUUAUUGCAAUGUCCAUGGAUUCGUGGCGUCGAUAUAGUCACGAAGCGACGUUGGUUGUUCUCGACAACAACUUCCGUAAAUUCGAAAUUUCCAAGCCAUCGAUCACCAUUUGCCCGAUCAAUAUUAUCGACGAAGACAAAUUUCCUGAGGUUCUGAAAAGUAUCGUGGAACUGCCGAUCGAUGCGGAUUUUACGGCUGUCCCAGCGGAACUCUGGCUGCAGCUGCUCGUGGAAUUGCGUGGCAAUGUCGAGGUCGAAUCUCUUUACUCGGGCGAGCGGUACGACUGGGUCAGCACCGAACGCGGGUUGUGUAUUAUGCUUGCCUCCCCCAUUUCACGGGAUAUUUCAGUAUACAAUUGGCUAUCCAACAAAACUUCGAGCUCUCAACGAAAACAGAAAAUUAAAAAAUCAUAUUACAACAUGAAAAAUUUCGCAGCUACCGGCUCGAUUACUUGUAAAACUCAUGAAUUUUGGAUGAGCGUGCAUCAUCCGGACACGGUGAUAGAUCACACAACAAGCGGCCUGAUAAUACGCGGGACCAGCUUGAAUUCGCUGACGUUGGAGAUCGUGGAAGUUUCGAGCUCGGCCAGUGCGGCUCGGUUGCCCGUGGGACAUCGUAACUGUAAGCUACCGACAGAUGGAGGACUUGACACGUGGCCUAUUUACACCCAACGGAUGUGCGAGCUCGAAUGUAGAUUUAAGCUCGCAAUCAAGGUGUGCGGCUGCUUGCCUCAUUUUGCUAAGCCUAUGGAGGGUAUCCCAACAUGCAACGCUCGGCAGUUGGUAUGUAUCGCCAACCACGAGGAAGAAGUGGUACACCUAAAGGGCUCGAAGUUAAAGAGAUGCGGUUGCCUAUCGGAUUGCAAUGAAGCCAUCUACGUUGACAAAGAAUACACCUCGUUCAGAUUGAAUGACGAUUCGCCACCAGAUGCAAUAAUCAAUCUACAUCUAGAUUUCCCGCAGGUCAAGUACAUCCGGGAUGAAUUGUUCAGCUUCUCUGACUUCUUGGCCUCGAUUGGAGGAGCAGCUGGAUUUUUCCUUGGCGCGAGCGUUCUAUCAGUCUGCGAGAUUCUCUACUUUGCCAGUCUGAGACUGUUGGUUUACCUGGUUGAGGAAAAACGCAAGGAGAACAAGAUCAAUGAGCUACUGCGAGGUUACAAGUAAUCUUGCAGAUUGCAUCUUUAGAUUCUAUUUUUUCUCUUCUUAUGACGCCGCCGUGGUUGAUGUGAAAUUAAUUAAAGUAUUUAUAGUAAUAGUAUUCAUAGUCUUCGACUGCGAUUCAAAUGAAUUUGAAAUAAGAAGAAAAACAUGACGAGAGAGUAGAGUGUUUCUCACUGAAAUUCCUCUCUCGAGUUUUCCGCUGAAAAAUCUUCAACUAGAAACUCUCUUCGCGAGAACGAAAGAAGCGAUAAGCAACCUACAAGCAAAGUAGAUUUAUAUUUCAACAAGCCGGAGGAACUUUAACUUCCGUGUAGUUUAUAGCACCGAGUGAAAGUGUCAAGCUUAAAUUCAUCAAUUGAAUGUUCUUUUUGCCGAUGAAAAAAACCUGUGCAUUAUGCGCGAUAAAUGUUGUGAAAACUUAUAGAGAUUA